UUGCAAUCGUUUAGCAUGAAAAAUGUACUUGUUUUCAGCCAAUCAGAUGUGCAUAAUUUUUUCACAUCUAUUAUUAGCACUGUAUUUUUGUGCUUUUUCUUACUUGUCUGUCUGUUUUGUUCGCAGAUUUUUAGUACUCCUUGUUUUCACCCCAAGAGCAAACCAUUUGUAGAUCAUGUUUUAUCUUUCUCAGUAGAAGACAACAGAAUUUGGUUUAGAAAUUUCCAGAUAGUCGAGGAAGAUGGAUCACUGCUGGAAAUUGGUCCUCGAGUUGUAUUAAACCUUAUAAGAGUGUUUGAGGGAAGUUUUGGAGGAGCAACAUUGUAUGAAAACCCACAUUACCGAUCACCAAACGAGUAUCGUCGGAUGGUCCGCAAGCAAGCUGCUCAGCGGUAUCGAGCUCGCGUGGAAUCGAAACAAGCUCUUGAGGUUCGACGGGAAGCCAACCAAGAUAUUCCACGUGACAUUUAUGAUGUAGAUGACGUAUUUCAUACAAUUACCCAAUCAGAUAUUGACGUUGCCAAGGCAAGGGGAGGCGGUGGGGCAAAAGGAACGAACGAUUUUAAUAAGAAAGUGGACUGAAUUACGAAAACUGAUUCAAGAUCUUAUCUGCUCUAAGAAACUCAUGGAGUUUCAGAAGAGUUUCCUUCUCUCGAGGCACAGAUUUCUUUACACGAGUCAUUCGACAAAAUGUGUUAAGCACCUUAUCGGCAUUUUUUUUUUUUAAUACAUCAUUUCUUUUAAGAAAUGGGAAUAUAUAUCUGUACUUUUGCAAUUCUGGUCGUAGUGUUGUUUCAAUACUCGUUCUUCUCUCUGGGUCUGAAAAUUGACCAUAACGUUAGCAUUUCUUGUUAAGAGAUGAAAAUUUUUCUUUAAAGAUAAAAGUUUUAUUUCGUUAAUUGCAAAGAGGUCGGCGAGUUGGGGAGUACCUCUUAACUUUAGGAUCCUUGUAUAAUCAGGAGCGUUCCGCUUUUCACAUCUACACUUAUGAAAAUCGCUUCGAUUUGUUCUCUCUUUGUCUCUUCCUUUGACAACCUCCUUUAGAGCAACUUAAGAAAGCUAUGUUGAUGUGGCUAUAAACUAUCUCGGUUACUUUCGAUGUUCGUUUCACUUUCGCUUGUCGCCACUGAUAUUGUUAAUUUUCUUUAAAUACCGACAAUUCUUAAGCAAGCGUCGAGAAGACAUCCUGGCCGUUUGAGAUACAAAUAUUACCCAACGCAGUUCUUAAAAGAUUCCCCUGCGAUUGCUGGAGGGUGAUGAUAAAUGAACAUCUGUCAGACGGAAAGUCUUCUGUCAACGUAACAGAGGCAGGAGGGGAUGGGAAAGAAGCAUACUGCACAACCGAUGGAUGGUCAUUCUGUUUUGCCUUUCAAACAAUUUUAUUCCAUUGUAAUGUAAAAAAAUAUAUAGAAUUUAUGUCGCACAGAAUUGUGUUUAUGACGGUGAAGUCUACUUAAAAAAUUUUUCAGCAUGUCCUCCCUGAAUAACUCUGAUGAAUCACGGUAGGCAGUUUUGAAGACGCUACUUCAGUCAGAACGCGUGUGAUCACGGGUGUCGAGUGCACUAAGUGAACCCAAUACAGUGGAAACGCCUUUGCAAAAAAUUUGUGGUCAGUCAAUCAUGGUAUAGAUCAAAGUUUCUCAAGACGUGUUUCAACUGACAUGAUUACUCACAAAACACGCCAUCCUCACUAGAUUGUUGAACUUGGGUGAAGGUUUCUGCAAAGGAGUUGUCACGAUUACAGACGGUCAUGUGACGAGCGAAUCGUGAUUGCAAAUUUAUUUUUUCUUUUUUAUCGGCUGUACUGAAAUUUCUCAGAAGAUGCAGGUAUUUUUAAGGUUUCUUGCCAAAGUGGUAUGUUUUUGUGAGAGUGUUAAACGAACUCAAGAGUAAUUACUUGUAUAUUUGUCACUGAGUUUGAUGUGAGUUAGUCUUUCGGCGUCAUAGACUCUUUGAAAAGGUCGCUAAAUCAAUAUGUUCAAACGUUAUUACUACGUCAAUAACUACACGCAAGAAGAAAUCUUUAGGAUUCACUCUAGAUGUGAGAAGUACGGCAUUUUACUGCCCUUUACAUAGAAUGCGUGUAAAUCUCUUAUUUUUGACCAAGGAAGAAUAAAACAUUUUGUCUGGUUAGUUCGGCCCAUCGUCGUGUAUAUUAGACUUACCAGACGGGCGAAUAAGCUUGAAAUGAAGAUUCCAUAACUUGUGCCAACUGUUUUAACUCUAUUGGAUUUUAAUUAUGAUGUAGCUUGGAAAAAAAACCUCUCAUUAAAAUUGAUGUUUCUAGGAUUUUCAACCACACGGAAAACUUUCUUUUGUGAUAGAUGCAAAUACGGUAAGGUGUUCAAUACCUCUGAAACUGCAAGAUGCUCCGAAUAUUUUGAAGAUUUCGAGAAGAUUUCAAAAUUUGCAUUUGAAAAUUUUUCUGUUUCCCAGAGAUGUGGUAAGGUAUCGAUAAAAUGAGGAGCUUCAAUUAUUAUCUGUAAAUCAGGGUGGUUGAAUAUAGUGACGCCUUUUCAUCUGUGGAAAGAAAGAGGAAACAAACAUAUUAAAACUGAAUCACUAUGCACAGUACAACUUGUGCAGUUUACCUAUAGAACCCAGCAGUGCUUUGUCUUUCUAGUUACGUAACCUCCAUAUCACUGAGUACGCGUUGAUGGCUAUGCAAGCAUACCUGUCCGUAUUCGGUUUGGGGAAUCUUGCAGCGAUCAGCGUUGAUAUAUUCAUGUUAGUCAUUAAGGCCUUAAGUGGAAUAGAUAACUACGCUUAUUUUCAACGUUAAAAAAGAGAUAUUUUGUAUCCAAUAGCGGAAAAUCAUUACCAAAGGUAGCCGA